AUGGAGCGCACGCACUCGCUCCCCGUCACGCCGCCGCCCAUGCUGUCCGCGCCCGGGUCGCCGCCGUGCUCGCCGCCGCCCGGCGUGUCCAAGUACGUGGUGGGCGUGUGCGCCAUGGAAAAGAAGACGCGCUCCAAGCCCAUGCGCGAGAUCCUGCGCCGCCUCGAGAAGAAGCGGCAGUUCGACGUGUUCGUGUUCGACGACGACACGAUCCUCAACCGCCCCGUGGAGGCGUGGCCGGCCUGCGACGCGCUCAUCUCGUUCUACUCGACGGGCUUCCCGCUCGAGAAGGCCGAGGAGUACGUGCGCCGCGUGCGCCCCGUGCUGGUCAACGAGCUGGGCAUGCAGCACGUGCUCUUUGACCGCCGCAAGGUGUACGCGCUGCUCACGCGGCAUGGGAUCCAGGUGCCUCGCCACGUCAUCGUGAACCGAGACCUGCCUGGCGACGUGCAGGACGAGCUCAUUGAGCACGACAACUACGUCGAGAUCAAUGGCGUGCGCAUCAACAAGCCGUUCGUGGAGAAACCGGCGGACGCCGAGGACCACAACGUCUACAUUUACUACCCGACGAGUGCGGGUGGAGGCAGCAAACGGCUCUUCCGAAAGGUGGGGGACCGCUCCAGCGAGUUCUACCCGGAUGUGAACCGUGUGCGGCGCGACGGGUCGUACAUCUACGAGGAGUUCCUGAAUACUCAAGGAACAGACGUGAAGGUGUACACUGUGGGCUCGAGUUACGGCCACGCGGAAGCGCGCAAGUCACCCGUGCUUGAUGGCCGCGUGGUGCGCGACUCGGCGGGCAAGGAGGUGCGCUAUCCUGUCAUCCUAAACUCGACGGAGAAGGAGAUGGCCAGGAAAGUGUGUCUGGCCUUCCAUCAGACGGUGUGCGGCUUCGACCUCCUGCGUGUGCGAGGCAGUUCAUACGUGUGCGACGUGAACGGUUGGAGUUUCGUCAAGAACUCGAAGAAAUAUUACGAUGAUUGCGGGCUGAUAUUGCACAAUUAUUUGGUGUCGGCCCUGCGCUCGAGGUACUUUCGUCAACGUCGUGCCAAUUCACUAACAUCUAUGGGUACCCAGAUGUGUCCGCAGUAUGCCACAGAGGCCAGUGCGAUGAGCAACGGAGGGCACGACUGGCGUGAACACACUCGCCCAAGCUCUGGCUCAGAUGCGUCGGAAUCGAGUGUGGCAAGCGCCAGUAGCGCAGGACUGCUGCUGGAUGACGAAAACCGCGAGGAGCUACGGUGCGUUAUUGCUGUGGUACGCCACGGUGAUCGCACACCCAAACAAAAGCUCAAAACGCUCGUUUGGGAGAGAGAUCUGGUUGACUUCUACGAGAAGCGCCGAAGCGAAGGCAAGUACGACGAGGUGAAGGUGAAGGCUGUCGCUGAUCUGCAGGAGCUGCUGGACUUAGUACGCAGCCUCAUCAAGGCAUACGCUCCAGGGGUCGGCUCCAAGGAAGCUGUGUGGGAGGUCGAGGGUGGCGACAGCUUCGAGAAGUUACUGCAGAUGAAACGAGUGCUAGAGAGAUGGAAAUUCGCUGGUAUCAACCGAAAGGUGCAGUUCAAGCCUCACAAGAGCUAUGCUGCUGCUGCCGCUGCCUACGCGGAAGGCCCAGAUGGGUCUGAAAAACCGAAGGUCCUCAUGAUUUUGAAGUGGGGAGGUGAUCUCACGGAACGCGGUAAGCAACAGGGAGAAGAGCUGGGCCAGUCCUUCCGAAACAGUCUGUACCCAGUUGAAGUGGAAGAGGGCGGUUUGCUGCGCUUGCACUCAACAUUCCGCCACGAUUUGAAAAUCUUUACGUCGGACGAGGGUCGUGUGCAAAUGACUGCUGCUGCUUUCGCUAAGGGGUUCCUCGAGUUGGAAGGAGACCUGACGCCUAUCCUUGUGAGUCUCGUGACGACGUUGGGGAGAGAUGCCAAUAAGAUGCUGGAUCACUCAGGACAAGCAGACGCUACAGAAGAGAUGCAGAUCACGAAGACAAAGCUAAGGAACUUGCUUCAGCGCGACUACUCCUCCGUCGAGGAGAUGAAGGCAGCCAUUGCACCGUUGAAGACCGAGUCCAUCAUCCAGGCAUUGGAUAUCAUAAAGAAUCCGAAGGAUGCUCUGGUUCGUUUGCUUGAGCUCGUCCGCAAAUUUAGAGCUGAAAUCGCGGAGCGUGUUCAAGAUAAGCAAUCUGAUGAAGCUACGCCACUGUACAUGGGAGAAACAUUCUCGCUCAUGUUUGAGCGCUGGGACAAGAUCUGCCGCGACUUCUUCUCAACUAAGACGGAUACGUUCGACCUGAGCAAGAUUCCAGACAUUCACGACUGUAUCAAGUACGACUUGCUCCACAACUCGAGCGUCAGCUGGAAGUGCGGCCUCGAGCUCUUCAAGCUCGCAGAGGCCCUCGCACGUUGCUACGUCUCUCAGGAAUACGGCAUGGACAUUACCGAGAAGCAAUCAAUCGGCAACCGCGUUUCGCAGGCGCUUUGUGCGAAGAUUCGGGCUGACAUCGUGACCGUCAUGUCGGCUUCAGCGGAACAGGAGCAAUCAUCAUCGUCAUCGAGGAGCUUGUACGGAAAUGGUGACGCCACUGAGGACGGCGCCGUUGAUCUUGCUGACCAGGACAUCGAACACCACGGAUACCGCUUGGAUCCGUCCUACGCAAAGGAAUUGCGUAUCAAAAGCCCAGGCACCCAAGUCCGAACGCGACUAUACUUCACAAGUGAAAGUCACCUGCACACACUGCUCAAUGUGCUGCGCUUCCAGUGUCCAUCGUGGCGCGCGCGGCACCAGGACGGCGGCGAGGAUGACGAGUACGAUAUUUCGCUCGAGCAGGAGAAGUUCAGCAAUGAGAUUCUUAAGCGUAUGGGUAUCAGCGUCAACGACCACAUGACCCAGCGCAAAUACGUCUUCCGCGAGUCCAAACUCAUCUCGGACAGCAGUCGCCGCGCGCUGGACCGGGUUGCUGAGAUCAAUUACCUCGCGCACAUCGUUAUUCGGGUCUUUGAAACCCCGUCUCUACCGGAAGACAGCGAGGACCGCUUCCGCGUUGAGAUCUCGUUCUCCCCUGGCGUGAAGGACGGUCUCGUCGACUCUCCGGAUGGCGCCGACGGCGUUGAAGAAACGAUCUACCUCACCAAGAACAUGACGGGCGUCAUGUUCGAAGAUAUGCUGGCGGCUUGUGUGUCGUCGGUCCAGAGCAGCUCCGUCUAA